GUUAGAUUUGGAUGCAAGUCUCUGGCUUUAAUGCUAAUGCACGCAAGCUGCUCGGUAAAAUGCCAACGACACUGUCAGAUUGUUUAGAGGCAGAGUUUUUUAGCAGUAUACUGAUGGGAAGCAGAGAUUGAGUAUAGUUUUAUUUGGUAGGUGUGGAAAGAGAGUUCUUCAUGAGACACAUUAGAAGAAUGAAAUGGGUAAAGGAAACCUAGAUUCAUAGUGAGACAAAUAUGCCAUAGUUAUACCUCUGAGUGAGAUCAACUAAGCUCUCCAAGUUCAAGAGAAACCUCUGAGUGAAGCCAUGUAAUACUCUCCAAGUAUAGGCCUGAAUAGAUCUCACACUUAGUUUGUUUUCCAGAAGAACAAGAGCCCUUUGCCUACAUCAAAAGCAUCCUACUGGUCAUUUCAAGUCAUCUUCAUCUGUGCUUUCAAACUUUGCGUUGCUGCUCCGUUGCUGCUCCAUCCACGCUAAGUUUGCAGGGGAGUAUAAGAGCCCAAGCCCAAGAAGAACAACCAAGCCUGUUAGACUAAGUGUUUAGGGUUUUAGCAAGUUAGAUUUGGUAUAAAUAUGUCUAGUAUCAUUAUGGCAAUGCAACUUUGGCUGCGUUUCAAGCAGCCUACUUCAAACUCUAUUUAUGAUAUCAAAAGGUUCAUUUAGUUCUUGAAGACAAACAUCAAGCUUGUUCCUUUCUUGUUCUUUACUUUUCAAUAAAGCUCCUUUGAGCUAAUCCUAGUUUAUGUUUCAAUAAAGUCUUUCAGACACAAAUCUAUCUUGUUCUACAAAUCUCUUCAGAAGCGCCCGGUUAGUGCAUCUUUUGGAUUUGGAGGAAAGCUUGUGUCAUCUAACUCAAAGCUCCCUGAGGCUUCUGUGGUUUUCUUGCAUAGCCUUGCCACAGAACAAAGUUUGGUGAAUCGAAUAACUAAAUUUGAAACGGAGAUAGAAAACGGAGAGAAGACUUCACUAAUGAGUUUGUGCAAGAAGAAAUCUGAAGAGACCGAAUCCGAGGAGGAGAAAGAAACAUGGAGCUUGCUGAAAAUCAUGCUUGAAGAGGAUGGGAACGCAAAGACGAAGUUGCGUACCCAUCUUGGCUUUAGUUUACCUUCUGAGGAUCAAAAGGAUCAAGAGCAUCAUGCUACAUAUUCUUCUGAAAACAUAGAAGAAGAAAUCUCUGAUCCAUUAUUUGAUGAUGCCAUCCAACGUUCAUUGAUUGUGGGAGAUUACAAGGAAGCAGUAGCUCAUUGUUUAUCUGCAAACAAGAUGGCUGAUGCUUUAGUUAUUGCUCACGUUGGUGGUACUACCUUGUGGGAGAGUACUCUUGAUAAAUAUCUGAAGAUGAGUAAUGCACCUGUAGUUUAUAUUCAACUUUACUUUAGCUAUGUUAGUUAUUGCCAUCUUGAUAAUCUUGUUUCAGGUUGUUUCUGCAAUGGUGAACAAUGAUUUAAUGAGCCUUGUUCAUACAAGGCCAGCUAAAUUAUGGAAAGAAACUCUUGCUCUCAUCUGCACUUUUGCAGAAGGAGAUGAAUGGACAAGCCUCUGUGAUGCUCUUGCCUCACAUUUGUUGUCUUCUGGUUUUACUUUGGCUGCAACUCUGUGCUACAUUUGCGCCGGAAAUGUCGACAAAACAGUAGACAUAUGGUUGAGGAGCCUUGAAAAAGACAAUGCUGGAGAAUCUUAUUCUGAGCGUGUUCAAGAUCUUAUGGAGAAGACUAUUGUCCUUGCUUUGGCAACCGAGAACAAGAGAUUCAGUGGCUCUUUAUACAAACUCUUUGAGAGUUAUGCUGAGAUAUUGGCCAGCCAAGGACUUAUUGCAACGGCUAUAAAGUUCUUAAAACUUCUUGAGCCUGGUGAUUUCUCAUCUGAACUUUCAAUAUUGAGGGAACGGUUUUCUCAAAGUGUUUAUCAGGAGCCAACUCAGACGCAGCCAAAUCCAUAUAACCAAGCUCAGCCAGCUCUCCAGCAAUCCUUCACUCCAGCUCCAGUAACCAAUGCUGAGCCAUCAAGAACUACUUUAGUUUCUUUAAAUCCUCCUCCUCAUCAACAGAGAACAAUGAAUUUUCAUUCAUCUACUAGAUACACAAACGCAACAUACAAUCCACCACCUGGUCUACAUCUUAACUCUAAGAUUCACCAAACUGUUGUUCAACAAGUGGAACUCAUGGUUCCAGCACAGCGGGUAGCUGUGCAACCACCCCCUGCACCUGUAGCUCCACCACCGACUGUUCAGACAGUGGACACUUCCAAUGUACCAGCUCACCAGAAACAUAUUGUGGCUACAUUGACAAGGCUUUUUAAAGAGACAUCAGACACAUUAGGUCCUGCCAAGAAGCGUGAUAUAGAAGGUAUCUCAAGAAAAGUAGGAUCUCUGUUUGCGAAACUCAAUAAUGAGGACAUCUCAAAGCACGCUGCAGAAAAACUCUCUCUGCUAUGUCAAGCUCUAGACAAACAUGACUUUGUUGCAGCUUUGCAAAUACAGGCGCAUCUGGCGUCCACCGAAUGGGAUGAAUGCAACUUCUGGCUCCUACCACUUAAACAAAUGAUAAAAGGAAGGCAAAAUGUUCGAUGAAAAAGGAGUAUCAGCAGUUGCUUAGAAAGCUUCAGAGCCAAGCAAUCUUGGGAAAGCCUGAGUUCAUGAGACUGGUGUUAAAAGUCUAAUACAGUUCUUAACAGAUUGUUUUCCUUUUCUUGUAAUGUUCUUUUAGUCUCAUUCUUAGUCUUAGCUAACUAAAGUCAAAAUGAAUGAAGUGGUCUCCAACCAUUUGAUUUUCUUA